UCACUUCUGCUUGUAAGCCUGCAUUCAUUGCUUGCCCUGGCCAGAUCAGAUCAAUUUUGUGGCUGUUGAGGAAACAGACCCUUUACGUACCUGAACCUGUGUAGGUGUUUAGGUGGAUAUUUGGUGAAAGAUGGCUGUAGCUAACUUCCACUAUAUAACUCGGAUGAACAGUGGAUUUAAAGUCUACAUCUUGGAAGGCCAGCCCAGCCUGAGAACGGAGGACCGCCAUCGGCAGGUACCCAAUGAGAGGGCUCGGCUGCCUCUGGUUCUCCCGACCAAACGCAAGCGCAGUGUGGACCAUGGUCUGCCAGGACAACUGAGGCCUGGGAAGACCAGCCGACUCCCCUUCGUUUUAGCAUCGGAAGAGAGGUUACCAUUCAAGAAUGUAACCUGUAGCCUUCAGAGGAAGUCCAGCCUGAGUCCCCCCCGGAGUCUGCCCCCAUCACCCCAAAACUCCAUUGUGACGACCACCACCUGGAGUCCCAGCCAAAGCCCAUCCCACAGGCUGUCUAGCCCUACCCACAGCCCCACGGACCAAUGGCAAAGCCCCAGUUUUGACAGCCCACCUAUGGACGAGCCUCUGGCACUGAUCAAGAAGCCCAGGAGGGCUGAAGGUCCAGAGGUUGAUGCCAGAAGCAAGGGCAAGCUAGGUGGCCAAGUUCAGAUGCGUCCUUCUGUCAUCACCUGUGUGUCUCGGUCAAGCUCCGCCCACAAGCUUCCUGACGCAAAGCAUCGCUCCUCUCCUGCAGUGACCUCACCCAUGGCUUAUGACCACGUCGUUGAGGAACACUUCCGGCGAAGUCUGGGGGUCGACUACAACAAGGCCAGCCCCCACCGUAUCUCUGUCAGUGUCUCCGUGGAUGACCAUUUCGCCAAAGCUCUUGGGGAAAAAUGGCUUCAGAUCAAAGCUUCCUCCUCAUCCAGCUCCUCUUCUUCGUCCCCGCUCAGCAGCCCCAGCUUCUCAUCCAGUGGUGCCUCCAGUCCUUGCAGUCCCUGCAAGGGCCCAGAGGGGGGGUCUGAGGCCGGGUCUGAAGGCACACCCCCACUGUCCUCUACAAUCAAAUAAAUACUUAGACUCUUGCCAAAAACAUUCUCCUCCCCAGAAUCUACCAGAGUCAAUACUGAAAGGCUAAACUUCAAAGAGCAUUUCUCUAGGGUUGUAAAGUUAAAGUUAAAUUGUCACCAAGAUUAUUUCAAGUAAUGGUUGCAUGAAUCUUGGUAGGAGGGAAAAGUGUUUAAAAAGCUAUUGGCUUUUUCGAAGGAGGUUUGCUCUUGGAAAUCAACCAAAUAGCCAUGCUGGAGGUGGUUUAAAUGGCUCUGACGGCCAUGUAGGUAGAAUAAUCUGGACCUCAGGCAAGAGACAGAGCUGACCGCUGAGUCCGUGUCUUUGUUGCCCACAGCAUAGUGGCCAACCGUCUACUCUGAAGGCACUGACGCAUGCCACGCUUGUAACUGUGACAGAUUGUUUGCAGUUAUUUUCACUAUCCGCGCUUAUCACAAAAUCUUGCUGCGCACAUGACUGGAAAACAGAAGCAACUGAACGUUCAGUUUGACCUCCAGUUAGUGAAUAACAAUGUGGUAAAUUUAGAGUAAUCUAAGUGAAAGAGUUCUCUGGAGAUAACAAUAGAGUUGUGGUGUUCAUUUUCACAUGUAUUGACUGGAAGAUUACUCAUGUUUCCAUUGUAGAGAUAAGACUAUGUAGAACUGAAUGGCAUAAGUCCAGAAUCACUUGGCUUGUAUCAACCACACAGUGUGUUAGAUGUUCCACCAGUACAUGGAAUGUUUUUUUCAUGAAUAUUCUGCAUUUAUUAUUCAUAUCAAGACCUAUUGUCAUACACAUUGCCAUGGAAAAGCAAAACCAUUUUCCAUCCCUAACUGUGAUGUCAGUAUUGUUAUUGGUUUGGUGUAAAUAAUAAAAACACAUAUGUCAUACAUUCUGGUACUAAUAAUUGUCAUAUGACCAAGACUUGCAUGUAUAUAGAUUUCCAGUGUACAGUCUCUGUAUUUUCAAUGUUAAUGUCAAGCAAACUAGUUAAAGAAAGACUGUUUGAUAUUGUACUUCAAGGGCAUAGGUUUGAUGGAGUCCAAAUCAGACCCGAACCCCCUGCCCCCCUAAACAGACACAGUACUCCCAAAAUAUUGGUCUAGACAUGUCUCUACCGGCCAUACCCAAAUUUUCGCCCUUGAUGUACGCCCUUGAUGUGGUUGCUGUUGUCAGUGAAGACCACACCCAGUGAUUACAUUUAUAUCAUUCCUUAAUCUCUAAAUGAUUCAAAUUCCAUUUAACAGUCUAUUGGGCAUGUUAAAAGGAGAUACCAUAUUUGGGACCACACUAUACCUCUCUAUUAAAUCUUAUGAAUUAUUAAAUAUAUGACUAUCUGGUGAAAUAUAUGACAUAGUGGUCAGAUCCAUCAUCCCAUAACUGUGACCCAUCUUGGCGGCACAGUUUGAAAGCCCAUACCACCACACCUGGAGGUCCUGGAAAUGCCUUCUUAUAACUGACGUAAGAAAACCUGCCAUGUGCACAGAAAACCAUGCUUCCACAAAGCUAAAGGCAAUAAAAUGCCAAAUUUCCCAAAACCAGUCCAUACGACAAUACUUCAAUGUUAAAAUGUAAUAAUAAUCUGGCUAAUGUAUAUAAACUGAAUGUUUUAAUGUAAUUUUGCCUGUAUAUUUUUGCAGCAUUUUUAAUUAAAAAGGUUUUUUGUGUUAA